AUGUUCCGAAACCUUUAUGACAGUGACGUUACUGUGUGGAGUCCACAGGGUCGUCUCCAUCAAGUUGAUUAUGCCGUUGAGGCUAUGAAGCAAGGAUCGGCUACUGUCGGUAUUAAGAGUGAAACUCAUGCCGUUUUGGUAGCUCUCAAGAGAGCACAAAACGAACUCUGUUCUCACCAAAAGAAAAUCUAUGAGAUUGAUACACAUGCUGGUGUUUCAAUUGCUGGACUUCUUUCUGAUGGUCGCAUUCUGGCCAGAUAUUUGCAAACUGAAUGCAGUAGCUGGAGAUGGGACUAUAAGGUUCCCGUACCUAUCAAUGCACUCUCAGAGUCCGUUCAGCUUAAGCUACAAGCAAACACUCAAUAUUAUGGAAGAAGACCUUUCGGAGUCGGUUUACUGAUUGCUGGAUACGAUAAGGAUGGAACUCACAUUGUUCAAACCGAUCCAUCAGCUGAAGUUGUUGAGAUGUACGCAUCCUCCAUUGGUGCUCGCUCUCAAUCUGCCAGAACUUAUUUGGAAAGAAAUCUCACAAAGUUCAAGGAUGCUAAUGUUGAAGAACUAAUUCAGCAUGCUUUAAUGGCUUUGAGAGAUACCCUCCCAGCAGAGGAAAACUUAAAUAGCCAGAAUACUUCAAUCUCCAUUGUCGGAAAGGGUCAGCCUUUCAAGAUCUUGGAAGAAUCAGAGAACGCUGCUCACUUAGAACGUAUUUCUGCAGUUCCUCGUACAUCUGCUCAAGCUGAGCCUGGACCUGAACCAAUGCAACAAUAA